AUGCCGCAGUCCUCGAGACCAUCACACCCUCAGGACGAUGUGCAUCGUCAGUCCCUUGAGGACCCAACAUCGUUUUGGGGCCGGCAGGCCGACCACCUCUAUUGGCACAAGAAACCUUCCUCGACCCUGGUCCAGGCGAAGACGACCCUCGGGAAGAGCGGCGUCACUCAUGCAACGUGGUCUUGGUUCCCAGAUGGGCAGAUCUCGACGUGCUACAACUGCGUUGAUCGCCACGUCCUUGCCGGUCAUGGUCACCAUCCCGCCAUUUUUUAUGACAGUCCUGUGACCAAGACGAAACAGACCCUGAGUUAUGCACAGCUUCUCGACGAGGUCGAGGUCCUUGCUGGCGCCUUGCGCGAGGAGGGUGUCAAGAAGGGCGAUGUUGUGCUCAUCUACAUGCCCAUGAUUCCUGCUGCCCUCAUAGGCAUUCUCGCUGCGAGCCGUCUCGGCGCCGUGCACGCCGUCGUUUUUGGUGGCUUCGCCCCUGCCGCCCUGGCCCAGCGGAUCGAGGCAUCCCGGCCCGUGGUUAUACUGACGGCAUCGUGCGGCAUUGAUGGCGCCAAGGCACCGGCCGCCUACCAGCCCCUCGUCGAAGAAGCCCUUCGUCUAUCUUCGCACAAACCCCUUCGUGUCGUGGUCUGGCAACGCGACGAAGUCCGGUGGCAUCCUAUCAGCCGCAACAUAGGCGAGCGAAACUGGCAGAGCAUUGUCAAGAGCUGCCGUGCUCGCAAUAUCAGAGCCGCCUGCGUGCCCGUCGCCUCGUCUGACCCUGUAUACAUCAUCCACACAUCUGGGACUACGGGUACUCCCAAGGGCGUGAGGAGGGAUGCAGCCGGUCAUGCGGUCGGGCUCCAACUCUCAAUCAAGUAUCUAUUCGACAUCCAUGGACCUGGUGAUGUCAUCUUCACGGCGUCUGAUAUCGGAUGGGUUGUUGGACAUAGUUUCAUCGCCUAUGCCCCUCUCCUAGCCGGUGCUGCGACAGUUCUCUACGAGGGCAAACCAGUCGGCACGCCUGACGCAUCUGCCUUUUGGCGAGUUGUCGAAGAGUACCGUGUAACUUCCAUGUUCACCGCCCCGACAGCUCUACGUGCCAUAAAGCGGGACGACCCCGAGAACGCGCGCCUCAAAGACAUUGGCAACCGCGGGGGCCUCCGUUCACUCCGUGCCCUUUUCCUCGCCGGUGAACGAUCCGAGCCCGCCAUCAUCUCAGCGUACCAGGAGUUGCUCGACGAGUACGCUGCGCCCCCGGACGAGGGCGGAUCCCACGUCAUCGACAAUUGGUGGUCUACCGAGUCAGGAAGUCCAAUAACGGGUCGUGCUCUCGUACCUCACGUUGCUAUUGACGCGAAAAGGACUGAUCGUCACCCACCCAUCGGCAUCAAGCCCGGUAGUGCAGGUAAGGCAAUGCCAGGCUUUGACGUGCGGAUCGUAGACGAUGAGGGUAACGAGGUCCCGCGAGGCACUAUGGGCAACAUUGUGUUAGGGUUGCCCUUGGCUCCGACGGCAUUCCGAACACUGUGGGAAGAUGAGGAACGGUUUUACAAGGGCUAUCUAAAGCGGUUCGAGGGGAAAUGGGUCGACACUGGCGAUGCUGGCUUCAUUGAUGAAGAGGGCUACGUCAGCGUCAUGAGUCGCAACGACGACGUGCUUAACGUGUCAGCACAUCGUCUAUCUAGCGGUUCCCUUGAACAGGCCAUUACCUCUCAUCCUUUGGUCGCUGAGGCCUGCGUCGUGGGCGUCCCAGACGCCCUCAAGGGCCAGCUGCCGUUUGCGUUCGUCACCCUCUCUGUUGCCUCGCAUCCCACCACCGCAGUGCCGGAUCCCGCGCUAGAGAAGGAGAUCCAGGAGCUUGUUCGCGCACAAGUUGGUGCCAUUGCGACGCUGGGGGGCGUGGUCCAGGGUAAAGGGAUGAUCCCCAAGACUAGAAGUGGCAAGACCUUGAGGCGAGUGCUGCGGGAGCUGGUGGAGAAUGCAUCCAAGGGGGAUUUUGAGAAGGAGGUCAGCGUGCCCAGUACGGUGGAGGAUGCGGCUGCUAUUGAUGUUGCAAGGAAGAAAAUCGGCGAAUACUGGAGAGUCAAGAGGAGUGAAGGCAAGGCAAAGCUCUGA